UUUCACCAGCGAUGGAGCUCCUCCUCCUUAUUCUCCAUACACGCACACACCUGCGCGCGCCGCAAGAUACUCUGCCCGGCAGGUGAGAGGACACCUGUGCGCGUAACCCGAGCAGAAGUGUGAGUUCACCUGUCCGCGCGAGGUAGUAGUUAUAGUAGAUACUGUCUCCUCGCGCUCGCCCGCUCCGGACGUGCGCAGAUGGAGCCUCGCGCGAGCUUCUCUCGGCUGUACAGCGCGUGCUUCCUGGUGGUCACCGUGUGCGCGCUCCACAUCUCCGUCAUGCUGCUGUUCUACCUGAGGAACCCGGGCAGCGAGAGCGAGCCCGCGCUCCCGCGGCACAGCGCGGACACGAGCCGGAGCAUCAGCGCGCUGGGCACGGGCACGAGCACGAGCGGGAACGUCAGCACCUUGGGCACCUUGGGUACUUUGAGCACGAGCAUCAGCAACUUAGGCACGAGCACGCCGGUGCCAAUACAUCAUAUAGAAGCAACCUCAAAAAAAGCGCUGGAAACAUGUCCAGAGACCCCCCCUCACUUAGUGGGUCCGUUAAGAGUGGAGUUCUCCGACUCUGUGAAUUUAGACGAGAUACGGCAGGACCCGCGUCUGUCUGAGGGCGGGAGAUACACCCCGCGUGAGUGCGUGUCCCCCCACAAGGUGGCGCUCAUCAUCCCGUACAGACACAGAGAGAACCACCUGAAGUACUGGCUGUACUACCUUCACCCAAUACUGCAGAGACAGCAGCUCGAUUACGGGGUUUACGUCAUCCAGCAGGACGGUGAGGACACAUUUAACCGUGCUAAGCUGUUAAAUGUGGGUUAUGCUGAGGCUCUUAAGGAGUACGACUACAACUGCUUUGUCUUCAGCGACGUUGACCUCGUCCCCGUGGAUGAUCGAAACAUCUAUCGCUGCUUCGACCAGCCGCGUCACCUGGCAGUGUCCAUGGACAAGUUCGGCUUCAGGUUACCUUACAACCAGUAUUUUGGCGGCGUCUCUGCGAUGAGCAAAGAGCAGUUCCUGAAAAUCAACGGCUUCCCCAACAACUACUGGGGCUGGGGCGGAGAGGACGACGACAUCUACAACAGACUGACAUAUAGGGGGAUGAGUGUGUCUCGGCCUGAUGGAGUUAUUGGACGAUGCAAGAUGAUUCAGCACAACAGGGACAAAAUGAAUGAGCCAAAUCCUCAGAGGUUCGACAGAAUCGCGCGAACGAGACAAACCAUUAACACAGAUGGAAUCAACACACUGACCUAUACCGUGGUGAAAACUGAGAAGGACAAGCUGUUCACCAAAAUCAUUGUGGAUAUUGGCAAGCCUUGAUACUCUGGUGCCUUCAGACCUGGCCUUAAUCUGUUUGGCCGCUUUAAGCGUCGUCAGCGGAUUGACCGUCUAGCAGUAUAUUUAUAGGUUUACAAUGGACCCUUUUCUGGCCGUGCUUUGAUACUGACUGACUCACAGCUGGAUCCCAAAGGAUGCUCAAAAGCAAUCAAAAUAAUAUAUGAGAUAUUAAAAAAAACUGAAAUGUACUUGAAUGUCCAUGAAGGAGAACAAUACCUAAGAUGGUCCCACUGGAAACAGUACAAAACGUUGUACAGGGUGGCAGUUCAGAGACAUUCACUAACCAAAGCCAAGCAGAUCCAGGCCUGGGGAUACACGGCACUACACAGCAGGGGAUUAUGACUUGAAAAUGUAAUGUUCCUAGCGUGCAUGCUAAAAACAUUAGCAUUUGCAGCUUGGGAAUAAAGUGCUGCCUUACAAAGCGAGACAAAAAAGGGGUAAAAACAAAACAGUGCUGGCAUACAUGUUGAUAAUAUAUUAGCAUGUUCUAGCUAGUAAUAUGGUGUUGGGCAGGGUGGAACAGUGCUAGCAUACAUGCUAAUAGCUAAAAGUUGGGCUUAGCUACUAACAUAGCCACUGUCACUGUAGCCAAGCGACUGCUCAUUUUUUAACGGGAGAGUUGGUGUACACAUUAGAGACAAGCCAUAUCAUAUCAUGACUGUUAUUUUGUGAACCUGUUACUAUGAAGGGGAUAUCAAUGGAAAGAUGUUAGCUUACAUGCUAAAAACAUUAGCACAGUCUGCUUAGGAAGCUAAAGUAACCAAAGAUGUGACUAAAACAAAAAGCAAGACAGCAUAUAAAGCUGUACUGUAGCGCCAUCUUUUCCCUUUCCCGUAGGGCUUAUCUCUCCUGGCUAAGUAGGUGGUUGGAAGGUCUAUCAAUCCGCCAAAUUCUUCGUCUUUUCAAACGGCAAUUUGGUCUGAACAGUUACUUUUAAAAUGGUAAAUAUCGUCUGUUUUGUUGGUGUUGGCUGGAUUGUGUUGGGAGAGCCAACACUUUACAGUGCAUUGACCUUUGAGAGAUACUCAGAUCUCAGGACUCACGAUGUGAAACUUUAUACUGGAGAUGAUGUACAUAAUUCCUGAAAGGUACAAGUGGAACUGAAUAACACAGUGGAGAGUUCCACUUAAGAGUUCAUUGAGAUUGAGUAAACAGAUUAAGCCGCAAGUACCGGCUUAUAAGGCGCACUAUUAAUAAAUGUCUAUUUUCAGGUCUUUUUUUUAUCUACAAGGCGCACCUGAUUAUAAGGUGCAUUAUGUGAAACUAGUAAGAAACAAGGGUGUCACCACGUUUUCCUUUCAAUUUAGCAGGUCUCGCCGCUGGGUGGAGCAUUAGCAUUAGCCUCUAACCGAUAUUAGCUAGCGGUUCGUCCCACGUAGCUUGUUCUAACACGGUAAAUGUCCAGACUACAGUCCGAUAUACUCACCCCUGAACCGGUAAAGAACUUUCGCAUAGUGUGGUUAGCGGUUAAUGCUAAUGCUUCCCCUACCAUUUUUAAGCCUUUUUAAGAUUUGACCAGAGGGAGGAGUCAGCUAAAAUCAGGGAGUUUUGUGCCCGUUUAAGUUGCACCCAUUGCUGACACAGCUUUCCUAGUCCAUGAAGAAAAGUAUUUCCAAUUGCAUAGGUCAUUCUGGAGCAGAUAAUCUUAUCUAUCUAAACUUAUUUGGCAACAUGCCUAAUUCCAGGCAUUGGCUAGAGGGGUUUCAAGCCUCUCAGCAUUCCAGACCGGUGGAUCUAUGUUUUGCAAUCAAAUCCUCAAAGCAAUGUUUCAAAAUCUAGUAAAAAAAAAAUUCUGGACAGUGUAGAUAGUUACUUCAACAAAAGCAGAAUAAUCUCUUGUUUUUUUUAGUACACUUGAUUUCAGAACCAGAAAAAAAAUGAAUGGUGUCCUAAUACUUCUGUCCAUAUUGUGUACUUGAAGUCUCAGGGAGCAGUCUACUCUAUGCAAUAAAAGUCUAUGCACACUGGGCGAUCCAGCUUAAAAUAACAUUAAAUGUGUUUUAUUAUAUUAAA